AUGGAUCUGAGGAGUCGGGAAUCCGUGCUCCGUGGGGUUAGCAACGCCAUGACAUAUUUGAUUGGCAAGGUCACCGAGUGCAAUGUAACACCCGAUGAUACCUUGAAGGUCUUAUACUGCUUUGGAAAUCUAGACAAGCCGAAAAGUGGACCUGGGCGAAGCUUCCCCCACACUGAUGUUGAGGAUUAG